AUGCGCCGCAGCGUCCUUUGCCGCCGGCUGCACUACCCCAAUCAGGUCUUCAUCAGUAAUGAUUACCGCCGCAUCCAGCAUCAGUGGCUGCCGCGCCGCCUCCUUCUCGUUCGCCACGGCGAGUCCGAGGCGAACGUGAACCGCGAGGUCUACAGCACCACGCCGGAUUGGAAGAUUCCACUGACACAGCUGGGCCGCGAGCAGGCCUUCGACUGCGGUAGGCGUCUGCGCAAAAUCAUCCAAGACGAGCAGCUGUACAUUUACUACUCCCCGUACGCGCGUACGCGGCAGACUCUGGACGAAAUCCGCCGCAGCUUCGACGAGUCGCAGAUCCAGGGCGAGCGCGAGGACGAGCGGCUGCGCGAGCAGGAGAUGGGCAACUUCCAACCCAUGGCGGACAUGGAUCGCACGUGGGCCACGCGAAACAAGUUCGGCCGGCUCUACUACCGCUUUCCUUUUGGCGAGAGCGGUGCCGACGUCGGCGAUCGCGUGUCGGGCUUUUUCGACUCCUUAUCGCGGGAGCGCGUCGGGCUCACCGUGCCAAACAUGAACGAGCGGCUGAUGCAGGGCGCGCGGGAGGAGCUCGGGUGCCUGGGGUUGGGCAGGUGGAGUGGCGCGGCGGACGGCCUGCCUACGAGGUCGGUCGACCCAAUUGCCGAAAGCGCCGCCGCCGCCGCUGCACCACCACCAGGAGGAGGUGAUCAUCAACCGCGAAAGGCAACUUCAUCUGCUCCUGUGAGCGCAACGACACCGCCGGCAGCAGAGAUGGAGGCGCCCCGCCACUUGCCCCAUCCCUUCACCCCCUCGCUUUCGCACCCGGGAGAGGCGAACGUACGCGGGGUGCUCCCGCCAAACGACCACGGCGCCGGCGCCGGUGCGGAUCAGAACGUUCUCAUCGUCGCACACGGGUUGCUCAUCCGCCUCUUUAUCGGCCGCUGGUUCCGCGUGCCGAUGGAGGUGUUCGACACGAUGUGCAACCCUCCCAACUGCGCCAUUGUGGUGCUGGAGCGCAACGACGACAUUGGCCGACUCGUCAUGACGGACAUAAGCAAGGGAUUCUUCGGCAGCGAUCCGCUGCUGCAGAUGAUGAAGUUUGACGGUCAGGAGGAUACGCACUGGUACCGACAACGGUUCCUCGGGAUUGUCGAUCCAACGAAGGCCGCGGCGGAGGCGCUCGCGGAGGACGAUGACGAGAACCACUACUCGAAGUCGGCGGCCCACUACCGCUCCGUCGGGGCGCCGGACUCUCGUGUGCGCCGGGCUGGACCCGCCCCCUCCCCUGCUGCCUCUUCUUCCCGCCUGAGUACUCCAACACCACCUCCAACGAUGGCGACUGCUGCUUCUCGAGACGCGACCACAGCGAAUGAGGGUGCUCGCGGGUCUGGAAGUGGUCAAAAGGAUGAAGUGACAACGAAUAGAUGA